AUGUCUUCGCUUCGGGCAAAGAAGCUCGACUUGGGCGGCUUCAUCAACAUCAAAAUCAUUCGCGACCACACCAAACGGAAGAACUACGAGCAAUUCGAACCUCAAAGGCAAGCACUGCGGUACAUCAUUCGCAACACUUCCCUCCCAGGCGCGAUGCGAACAAAAGCCCAGCUUCAAUUACAACAGAUGCACUGCUACACCCGACCGACACAAAUAAAGAAUAGAUGCGUUAUGGGAGGCGUGGCAAGAGGUGUCUUCAGAGCCUUCAGAAUGGGUCGUUAUCAAUUCCGUAUGAAUGCUCUCGAAGGAAACCUUCCGGGCGUCAAGAAAGCAAGUUGGUAA